GGGCCCCAGAUACAAGGCAGAGCCCCAAUUUGACAGCUCGCACGAGUUCACCCGCCAGCCAAAGGCUAGCACGGCCGACCAGGAAGGCGGGCGUGGAGUUAAAGGAGGAGGAAAUGCACAACUCGUUACCUUCAGCCACAAACAACCAUUACAAGUCAGCUUUUUGUGGAUGGAUGGAACUCCUGGCCUUUCACUCCUGGAUUCUGUAUAAAUUCUCCAUCGUUAGCUUUCUCAAGUGGUUAUGGGUUUGUUGCCUGUCUUGGAGCCAGAGGAAAUUCCCCAAGAAGCAAUAUGGUAUGCUCUUGUACCCAGCGGGGAGAGACCAGGUGUCCGUGUUGGUCACACACUCACAUAUAUUCCAGAUUCCUCUGGGAAAGGGAAGAUUGUCAUAGUUGGAGGAGCAAACCCUAAUGGAAGUUUUUCUGAUGCCCAUAUCUUAGAACUGGAUAGACAUGAAUGGAACGUACCUGAAUGGAAGGGGUUACUGCCACGUUAUGAACAUGCCAGCUUUGUUCCUGUGACCAUACCUGCUGGCUUGUGGCUAUUUGGUGGUGCGGAUGAAUGUGGAAACAGGAACUGUAUCCAAGUUUUGAACUUUGAAACUGGGGAGUGGAGAAACCCAGCAGUAAAUGGAACACCACCGACACCGAGAACGUGCCACAGUUCCACUGCAGCUAUUGGAGAUUGCCUCUUUGCUUUUGGUGGAGGAGACAAGGGAGCGGAGCCUGUACAAGAUACACAACUCCAUGCUUUUGAUAAAGCCACACUUAGCUGGUCACAGAUACCAACAGAGGGAGAACCACCAGCCCCAAGGCACGGGCACGUGAUGGUCAGUGUAGGCAGCAAGUUAUUCAUUCAUGGAGGAUUAGCAGGAGACAAGUUCUUCAAUGAUAUGUAUACCAUUGACACAGCUGCAGUUAAUAUGAAAUGGAAGAAAGUAAAAAUGAAGGGUGAUAUCCCAGGCGGUCGUGCAGCUCAUUCUGCAGUUUCCCAUGGAAAAUACCUUUUUAUUUUCGGUGGUUUAGAUGCCACAGGAGCACUGAAUACUAUGUACAAGUACCAUAUCGAAACACAAUGCUGGACCUUAUUAGAGUUUGAGUCACCUCUGCCUGCAAAAAGGUUGGAUCAUGCCAUGUGUGUUAUACCCUGGAAAAUGAGGAAAACUGAUACACCUACUCCUAGACCAAAUGAUAAACAAGCUGACGAGAACAAGGAAAGUAUGAGACCAAGUGAUAAUGACACACAUCCUACCCCUGUGAAUUGGUCAACCGUUCAGACAGACAGCAUUGUGCAUCUGUGCUUGAUAUUUGGUGGUAUGGACACUCAAGGUGAAAUUUACAAUGACUGCUUUGUAACCCUUAUCAAAGCCAGCUAACUGCACAUUGGUCAGUUCAACUUACUGCAUCCUGCUGCUCUACAUCAGAAGUUCUCAAUGUGGGCCAUAUCCAUGUUGGAUUUUGUAGGAGCCACAAGAAAAAGAAACUGGGCACUAUAAGAGUUUUUGAAUGGCCAUGAUCAGUUUACUAUUUUGAUGAAAUAUUACUAAAACCAAAUAAAUGUAAUUUAAUUGAAGUUGUACAAGAUGUUGGUGCGGCCUAACUUGGAAUAUUGUGUGCAGUUUUGAUCACCUACCUACAGAAAAGAUGUAAAUAAGAGUAUUGUACAGAGAAAAUUUACAGGAUGUUGCUGGGACUGGAGGACCUGAGUUAUAAGAUUGAUUAGGUUUGAACUUAUUCCUUGUAAUGUAGAACAGAGAUUUGACAGCUGUAUACAAAAUUGAGGGAUAUAGAUAGGGUAAAUGCAAGCAGGCAUUUUCCACUGAGAUUGGCGAGACUACAACGUGGGGUAAGGGUGAAAGGUGAAAUGUGUAAGGGGAACACAAGUGGGAGCACAACUCAGCACAUGUAAUGGAUACAACUUCAAUUUCAACAUUUAAGAGCUUUGAUAGGUACACAAAUAGGAGGAGUAUGUUAGGCUAUGGUCUGGGUGUUGACAAAUAAGACUAGGCAAAAUGAAAUGGUUUGGCACGAACUGGAUGGGUCAAAGGGUCUGUUUGUACUGUAGUUUUUUGACUUAAUUGGAACCCUGAAUAAAGUGAAUAUGAACAAAUGUAGAUGGUGCGAUGGUGCAAAGGUAGCAACAGUGAUGUGUGUGGCUUGUCAAUUGUUAGCUCUGCUACUGCUUCAGUGCACAAAUCUGUUCACACCUUGCGCAGCCCACUGGGCCGCGCUCCACAUCCACCCUAAAACUAACUACAGACUGGCCUUGCAGCUGAUAACCCCACCCAAUCAGUGGGAACUAGCCUUAUGUUGCAUUGUCUGUCUUCAACUAUGUCAUGCAUGUUGAAGUUUUUUUUAAAAAAAUUCACUGCUCUUCUGUACAUGACUUUUGAAGAUGGAUAACAAUCUGCCACAAUUUGGUCAUUAGCAGAACAGAAGGUUCUGAUUUAUAAAAAUCAAUGCUUUUCCAAUUAUGCUUAAGUCUAGAAAUUCCCAGGCUCUCAAAAAGAUGUCUAAAUGCACAACUCUAACUAUGUUUUUAGAAACCAGCACUUUUUGUCCAACAUUCUAGAGCCAACUGUCAAUGACCUAGUGUGCUAUCCAUGCUCACUUACCCAUUGUGAUCUUAAUUCAAAUUCUGAAUUAGUACAGACCUGGAGUAUCUAAAAUGGCACAUGAAAUCAGGUAUGGAUACUUGGGACAGUAGCUGCACUGUUAAAUUGCAAUCUGCCUUACUGCAGCAUCUGAAUGAUUAAUACAGUAGACAAAAGCAUUGAACACCUUUUUUGUAGUUUAAGAAAAUUACAGUAAAAUUGUCAUUUAGGCUUAUAACUGAUCACAGAAAUAUACCAAUUAUCUACGAUUAGUCUAUCCUACACAAAUCCCUUUUUAGCCCCAAAUUUAUCAGCUCCUGGAGUCUACCCUUCACCUACACUUCAACACCAAUUAAUCUUCUACCAGCACCUCUUUAGUACCAAUGGCAGGAAACUUGAGCAAGUUACCUGAACAAGCUUCACAGCAAUAGCACCCCAAGUCAGGACUGAAUUUGGGUUGCUGGUGUUGGUUAAAUGUAAUGGUUAAAUCACUUCAAAGAGGUU